AUGGCAGGAAAUAAUAAGUGCAGUGUCGAAUGGUGUGACUUACAAAAAUAUGUAUUGAGUUUUGGACUCGACGCGAACAUAAUCGAAAGUUGUCCAGCAUUGAAUAUUGCUUUGUGCGCGUUAUCAAAGAUUCUAACAAACGAUCAUCUCCUAUUGAAUUUUAGUGCCCAUUUUAUUCCAUUCGAAGAGUAUACAGGAAAAUUUCCUAGUGAGGUGCCUGAGUCCGUUAGAAAUCAAAUGAAAACUGUCUUUACUGAAAAAAGUUUACCAUCAGUUAUAAUUCAAGAAGACAACGAUUUUCCUGUAUCAAUGCCAUGUGCUGUUUAUGGAGCUUAUUGUGGACGUGAACAUGAAGAAAACGAAGAAAAGAUCUAUGUAAACAAAGAAAUAAUAGAAUGUUCACAGUAUGCUUUUGAGCGGAAGGAUGUAGUCAAAUAUGCUGCAAUUAUUUUGUUUACAAUCAUACAUGAAAUAGGCCAUUGGUCGUUCCAUCAUUUCGCAUGCAACAUGGAUCAUGAUUUGGCAACUCCAAAAGGUGUGUUGAUGGAAGAAGCUGGUGAAGCGAUUGAAUUUUUGUUAUUUGGAUUUCGUAUUCAACACUAUGGUCCUGAAGAUCCGAAGUUUAUGGAUUUAGUUUACAGACUACGUUGCUUGGCGCAUCGAAUUGCAGAAUGGCAAAAAGAAUCAGUUUUUGAACAAAUUCUGAAAGUUCGCACAAAAGCUUAUAUUACGAAAGCGAAAUGUCGCCUAAAUCAGAAGAAGCACGUAUCAACAAGAAAAUUAGCUGCAGAAAAGAAUAUUUCAAGACGAAGUGCACAACGAAUAUUACGUGAAGACCUUGGUUGUUUUCCGUACAAGAAAAAUGGGGUGUAUAAUGUACAGAAUGAUCGAGUAUGGGCUGUUAAUCGGAAUGAUGCUGACAAGAGAAGAGAUGUUCAUGAGAAGACGAUGUUCCCAGUAAAGGUGAUGGUAUGGCUAGGUGUUUGUAGUGAAGGUUUUACGGUGCCGGUGAUCCUAGAAACCGGCACAUUAGAUGUCGAAAGAUACAUGAAGGACAUUCUUCCUGUGGCUCUUAAAUGCGGCAAUAAAAUGUUAGGAAUGGACUGGACAUAUCAACAAGACGGGGCCAUACCUCAUACGCAUCAUCUGAACCAAAAAUGGUGUGCUGAUCAUUUUUUUUCUUUUAUUCCAAAGGAUCGUUGGCCACCGAAUUCGCCUGAUUUAUGUUCGAUAGAUUACAGUUUAUGGCAUGAACUAGGCGAAGCAAUGAAUUGGAACCAUGUAACAACAAAGGCAACAUUAAUUGACGAAAUAAAACGUUCUGUCAAAAAAAUUAAUGCGAUGUAUAAGGAUACUUUUUGUUUCUUUAGAUGUUUAUAG